AGUAAUGUGAAGCUUACGGAACAAAAGUUUCUGGCAUCAAGCGGUCAUUUUACACCUCGCAGUUUAUUUUGAUGACACUUGAUGUUGUGUUCGUGCUUUUGCGCGUGUUAGUUCGUUGGUGACUCCCUCUCCUCCCGGCGCUGCGCCUCGCCCCUCAGCAGCAUGAUGCUGAGAUCACUUGGGGAGGGCGGCGCAGAGGGGAGAGCUACGUGUUGCUGCGCAGCAACAGAUAGAGAGAAGAGGGAAAGAGAUAGAUAGAUAGAUAGAUAGAUAGAGAGAGAGAGAGAGAGAGAGAGAGAGAGAGAGAGAGAGAGAGAGAGAGAGAGGAAUUCCCUCGCACAAGCCAGGCUGCUGCCAGGGCGUGUAUUAUCAGUCUCUAUGGCUCCCAGAAUUUGCUGUUAUAAAUGCAGCCGGUACCUGUAGCUGAAGGAGGCGUAAAUCCCAGUGGACUCAGGAUGUAAGGACUUGCCAGCUGCUACGACCCUUCGGGUGUAUUUGAGGAAAUAGCAUCAAUUUAUUCUUGUCUGGGGGCAACAUCUUUUCACAUCGCGCCGUCUCCCUUUGGAAGAGACUUCCUCCUUUGCCCAAGCUGAGAAAAAUCAACCUGACAGAGACGCGCCUGUCUGGACUCCUGGGAGACAGAGGUCUCCGCGUUUAUUAUAGGGCCACAACUUGGCCACAAACUGCAAUAUGCCGAGUUGAAAUGUGGAGUCUUCUUGAAGGGAGAUCCGAUAAACUGACCACGUUUUAAAACAUGACAGGUCAGGUCCUGGGGAAACCGCUCAGCGGGGCUCACAUAGAUGACAACGCCGCCAUCCGCAUCAAUGUGGGCGGCUUCAAGAAGCGUCUCCAGUCCGACACUCUCUCCCGGUUCCCCGAGACAAGGCUUGCGCGUUUACUCCACUGUCAGUCCAAAGAGUCCAUACUGGAGCUGUGCGACGACUACGAUGACACAGAGAAAGAGUUUUACUUCGACAGAAAUCCGGCGCUCUUCCCCUACGUGUUGAAUUUCUACAACACGGGGCGUCUGCACGUCAUGGCCGAGCUGUGCAUCUUCUCCUUCAGCCAGGAGAUCGAGUACUGGGGCAUCAAUGAGUUCUUCAUUGACUCUUGCUGCAGCAGCGCCUACCACUGUAGGAAAAUGGACCAGGAUCGGGACGACUGGGAGGACAGGAGCGAUGAAGGGAGCACCACUUCAUCGUUUGACGAGCUGUUGGAGUUUUACAGUGACGCUACCAAGUUUGACAAGCAGCUGCUUGGGAGCGCACGAAGGCGCGUCUGGUUAAUGCUGGAUAACCCCGGCUACUCCGUGGCCAGCCGCCUCAUCAGCAUCCUUUCCAUCCUGGUGGUGCUUGGCUCCAUCGCCACUAUGUGUAUGAACAGCAUGAACGAAUUCAGCCUAUUGGACAGUGAGGGGCAACCCACAGAGGACCCCCGUUUCGAGACUGUGGAGCACUUUGGCAUCGGCUGGUUCACUCUGGAGCUGGUCGCCAGGUUCGUAGUAGCGCCGGAUCUUCUGCACUUCUUCGAGCACCCGUUAAAUCUGAUAGACUUGGUGUCCAUACUUCCGUUUUACCUGACGCUUCUCAUAAACCUGGUGGUGGAGAGCAGCCCUGCGCUGGCCAACCUGGGACGAGUUGCUCAAGUGCUGAGGUUGAUGAGGAUUUUCCGCAUCCUGAAGCUGGCACGUCACUCCACAGGACUACGCUCCCUGGGGGCCACCCUAAGGAACAGCUACAAAGAAGUGGGCCUGCUGCUACUCUACCUAGCCGUCGGGGUGUCAUUCUUCUCCGUCAUGGCCUACACGGUAGAGAAAGAGGACAGUGAGGAUCUCUCCACCAUCCCUGCGUGCUGGUGGUGGGCCACCGUCAGCAUGACCACCGUCGGGUACGGAGAUGUGGUGCCAGUGUCCAUAGCGGGCAAGCUGACAGCCUCAGCGUGCAUCUUAGCCGGGAUCUUAGUGGUUGUGCUUCCGAUUACGCUCAUAUUCAAUAAAUUCUCUCUCUUCUACAAGAGACAAAAACAGCUGGAGAUCGCGAUGAGAAGCUGUGAUUUCGACGAGGGGAUAAAAGAGGUGCCCUCGGUCAACUUGAGGAACUAUUACGCACACAAGGUCAAAUCCCUCAUGGCGAGCUUGUCAAACAUGAGCCGGAGUUCACCCAGUGAACACAGUCUGAAUGAAUCAAUACACUGAAAACGGUUGUAUCAAACCGACACCCGGUCAGUUUGGGUGACACUGUUCAUUCAAUGUGGCUGCAUGAGGAGCUGUCCAGAGUGCUGAAACCUCUGGGUGGAAAAAAUGCCCACUUCCUUCCACUGAUGUCCGACCAUUUGCCUCUCUGUAGCUCAGUGCAAUAACGUGUUUAUAUGUGUCAGUCACACUGAGAAAGUCAGCAAAUGUACAGGACAGCCUGAAUAUGAUAUCUCACUGUGCGUUAGUUUGGCCUGUCACCAAGUAGGCCUCAAAAGUGGCCACAUAAGAUUAAAAAAAGACAGAGAAUGCUGUAGAUGUUUUACAGUCCUAGGUGGUGUCACACUGUAGUCCCCCCUCCAGCUAUACUUGUUGUGAUCAAAUAUGUUUCAAGAAUGUUGAUGUGUAAUUGUUAUGUUGCAACAAGAUGACUUCAGAUGUGUGGUUAAAGCAAACUGUAUUAAACAUAA